AUGAGAAAUUCGGAGGAAUCUUCAACCUCAAAACCCGCGCCGUCGUUCUUCAUUGCGCGGCGGCGCCGGUCCUGCCCGCGAGGGCCUGAAACAUCGGGGGGAGAGGAGGAGAGAGCUCCGGCUUUCUUUUUUCUCGAGCCCCAUGGGAGAGUCGGUGCGGAGAUUGUGUGUGAUGACACUUUAGUGCAAUACGCAGCAUACUUACUCUGCUUCUUCCUUCACGGGGGGAGUGGAUGGUAUCAUUCGAUUCCGAUCAUUCUGGUGGGGAUGGCGCUUCCCUUUUUUUUUUCCCAGGUUAGUUUUCGUUUCCUGCUCCCCCUUUUCUGUCUUGUUUGGGAGUGCUGGAAAGGAUUUUUUUGUGACCUUGCUAAUUUGUGA